GCAAGAAGAGGGUUUGGUUAGGCUUGAUCAUCCUAAUCAAAUCCACAGUACACUGGUGUUUCUCUGUGGUUAUACUCUCCUUCCAUAGAUAAGUUUCAAAUGAGAAUGCAUACCCUACUUACGAUUUUUUUUCUCAUAGGCAUCCAUCAAGGUACACUGGCUGUGUUUCUUUAGGCUAGCGAGCUUCAAGCUCUCAAGGUUUGUUCCACUCAAGCUGGUUUCUUAGGUGGCUAAAAGGUCAUCCAUCAAGACAAACAGUAGGUUCAAGACUCUCUCCUACACUCUCUGUAUGGCUGUGCUUCUUUUGGUCGGUUAGUUUCAAGAUGACAAAGGUUGUUCUACUCAAGUUGGCUUUUCUAGGUUUCUACAAGGUGAUCAAGCAAGGCGUACUGCUGAUUCAAGACUUUCCCUCUGCGCUUGUGCUCUACUUUGGUCAGCUAUCUGUCUAUGUUUACUGCUGGCUCUCGAUCGUCUCUUCUUGGUUGCGCUUGGUUAUGCUUGGCUGUGCUUGGUUGUGCUUGGUUGUGCUUGGUUGCCUUGGUUAUGCUCGGUUGUGCUUGGUUGUGCUUGGUGUGGUUAGCAAGUUCCACGAUCACAAGGUCUGUUCUACUCAAGCUGGUUCCCUAGGCGUCUUCAAGACUAUCCAUCAAAACGUACCGAUACCUCAAAACUGUCUCUCUCUGAUAAUGCUCUAUUUUAGUCCGUAUCUGCAAGGUCUUUUGUACAAGUAUCACUGGACUUUCAAGACUGGUUUUCCUAGCUCUGGUUCUCUUUGGCCUUCCAAGGUGUUUGUUCAAGGCUUCAACAGGUCUUCAUGGUGUGCGUUUCCUUCUUUGAGUCUUCUUGUUUCUGUUUAAGGGUCUGAUCAGCUCUUGUGCAGGCAAGAAGAGGGUUUGGUUAGGUUUGAUCACCCUGAUUA